CUCACUUGGUUUUGUCUUCCGUGGUUGCUCAGGAUGCCGUUAACCUUUUUUAAAAAAGGAAGCAUACGUGGGAACCUUUUUCAUAAAAGUUAUCAUAAUUAAUUGGAACGUACAACUUAAAGGUAACAAUAUUUAUUGUUUGUGAUUAUCCAUUUAGCUAACCCAUGUAGACCACGCCAAAAUAAAGAACUUAUUCGAAAACAUCCUUCAAUUUUUUUUAAGGUCUUAUAUUAAUGACGAUGCUGAGGAACAACCAGUUUUUUUUUAUAUAUGGGAACAUAAUAAAUAAAACCGAUGAGCUGUUAUUUCAAUUCACACCAAAUGGUCAUACUGUAGGAUUUUAUCUAAAGCGUCAAAAUUUCAAACCACCUAGUACAAUGUAACAAAAAGGAAUGGUCGGGACAUUUGCCAGCUUUACAUGCAGAUACUAUCUAUUUUACUAAGAAUUCUUCCUCUCUUCCAACCCCGGCCGCUGGACAUCUUUCAUAGUGAAUUAUCGUACAUAAGACUUUUUCAUGUAUUCAUUUAAUUAAUCAUUUUCACACAAUAAGAAAACUUACAGAGAUCAUAUCCUCCCGGAACAGUAACUUUUUUUAGGAUUUUAUCCGUAGGCUUAAUUCAAGUGUAAUUAUUAUAUACUAAGUAAAAUAUAUACGUAUGUGGAAGAACUCAACUCGUUCAACCUUGGAAUGGAGAUGAUGUGAACUACGGAAAUACUAAUUUAAAUUUCAACUUUCUUUGAUAGGAAAUUCAUUUAAUGUCAAGUAGUUUGGUUCUGACGGAAGGUGCAGCACACUGGACACCGUUCAGCUGGCAAGUAACUAUUUUAUCUUUUCACCGAAGCCAAUCACCUCUAAUUAUAAACUGAGACCACUUUUUAAGAACCACGUUCUUUCCUCUUCCUUGAUACUCAGCUUCCCCGGUGAUAUAAUUUAAUUGAAAAACUUUUCAAUUCUGUAAUUAUAUCCUUUUACAGCAAUCUGAGGCCAUAAAAGUUCCCUUUUCAUAAAAAGUGCGAGAAGUAACUCGAUGCGCUUUCGAUUCUUCGUUUUUCUUCUUCAAUUUCGGUCAAUUAGUUAGCAUUUAAUGAUUUAGAUCAUCAGUAAGUGAGUGAGAUUGAUUUCAUUUUUAUCAAAAGAAAGUUGUCAUUUUAAAAGUGAAUUCCCAGUUUUUGUGUAAACAUCCCGAGGCGUUAAUGUAGUUUAUUUUUUUAAACAGUUGUCUUCCUAUUCUUGGUUUACAGCCAGGUGGCAGGGCAGCCAUUCGCCAGUUUAGAAAAUACCAUAAUUAUCUUGUUGUCCUCCCCCCAAAAAAAGAAUUUGCUCAACCAUUGUGAGUUUCAGUUUCUCUUUGGACUUAGAAUCGCCCCAAGAGAAAAUGACAACAAUGGUUAUGCAAUUUUUUAAGGGGGGGGAAGGGGGGGGGGGGGGGGGACUAAAAUAUAAUUAUGGUAUUUUCUAAAGUGGCGAAUGUUGGUGAUCAAUACAACAAACCAAGUUAUGAAGAAUUUACAUGGAAAUGGCGUUAAGUUCCCAGAGGAGAAAAACACUUUUAUUCCAGUGAUCACUAACAUGGCCACCUUGGCGUCACGUGCAAACCAGCAAUUCCGACCGAGGGAUCUUGCCCCCCCCCCCUGUCCCCUACUAAAAGUGCACUUCAAAGCCUGUAAGCUAUGACUGCCAAACCUAGCGACUCAUCAUAAAAUUUAUCUGGGAACAUCUUAAAGUCGUCGUGACGUGUGCGUCAACAUUGACUUGACCACGAAAACCGAGUUUUGACAGUCAUGUUUCAAAAUUUGCAUUUUUUUCUAUUAAAAAGGGUGUUCAGUUUAUAUUUUUUCUUCUUGCCUUCGCUAACGGCCUGAAAAACGCAUAAAAAUAACACCUCUUUGUCAUGCUAUCACUCAAAGCAAGGGCUUUCCUUGAGGGUUUGCAUGUUCUAUGUGCUGCUUCUGCCGCUAUUUUGCAAAAUAAAUGACGGCCACAAGGCUCCUAAAAUGACUCAAUUAAGGCAAACAAUAAGUUUUAACAGUCACAUUUUCCAUGCAAUGACGCAAUCAUGCGUUGCAUGGGAAACAAGUUUAAAACUUUCUUGGAUCUUGACUUUUCCUUGCGGACUCUUGAGCAGAAAUUCCGACGUACACAGAUCAGAUGAAAUACUAGAGAGCUUUGGAUUCUAAGACGACGACGACGACCAUACGAGGACGAGAUUUUCUCAAUACUAAGGUCACUAAGCCGCGCGCGCGCGAAUCAACGUCUUUUUGGCCGAAAAAUGUGAUAGCUAUCGUCAUUCUACUGAGAGUUUUAGCGAGAAUGUCGUAGUGGCGAAAACAAGACAUUAGUUUUCAAAUGUUGAGAAUUUUAUCAUUUAGCGAUAGGGAGAGGGCUUUAGCUCCUUCAACAGAAAUUAAUAAGUGUGUACUAACUUUUGUGGUUAAAAAAGGAACAAUGAAGCGGCGGGGUGUCUAUUCGUGUAGAGAAUAGGCAAGAAAACGCACAAAAUUAAAUUUUGCACUGGUUAAAAAGUGGCAGGGAAAAAACAAAACAGAAGACUGCCGAUCCGGUAAAUUUACUAAGAAAAAAAUUGCUUUCUUGCUCCAUCUACAUAAUUACGAAAUCUCGAAUGACGCGCGUGUUAAGUCUAUUUGAGCGUUGAUGUAAAUUAAAGUUGAAACAUUUUUUACUUGAAAUUAACAUUGGUGACAUAGUAAUUUAGUUUUAUUGUUUUACUCAAGUACUUAUUCAGUCAACAUUUAGUAAUGGUAAACAAUGUCGAAAUGCUGCGCAUACAUAACUUUGAAGUGAAAGUCAGUACCGCGCCAAGGCUGAUCUGGCCUGAUCUGACUCCCUGCCCGCAGAAUCAUUGCGGCAGUAACUAACUAAAGGCAAGAACGUUCAGUAAUUCACCUGGAAUUUAACCCAGGUCAGUCUCUACCAUCGAAGGUUAGUACCAUGUAUUUUUCGCAAUACACCGUAUUCACAAAUGGCGGACACGCGGGAAAAAACUGGUGCUUAUGCAUCGGUCAAAUCGAAGCUUCAACAUGCCCCCCCGGGCAUACCCCGGGCAUUUGACACCUUUGCCGUCCCGGGGAGGAGGGAAUUUGACUAUCAGAGUCUUCCAGGGGGUGGGGAAUUUGAUCCCCAUGCUUUAGGGGUGGGGAAUUUGAACUGAACCCUCGAUUUCAUGUAAAAUCUUUGGCGUGGCGAGCUAUCAUGGGGGACGCGGGGGGACGCUUUGUGCUGUAUUUGAAGUAUUUAAAUUUUUAAAUAUUUAACACUGGAUUCAGGCUUUGAAUGUAUGAAUGUAUUUUAUUGUUGUGUUUUAUACAAUGAAAUACAAUACCUAUACCGGCGAUUCAAUACAACAACAUAAAAUAAAAUAAAAUAAAAAGCUCAGGUCAACUACUUUGACCUACUGCAAGUAUGUUAGUUAAUAAGGUGAGCGAUGCAUAUCAGCGAAAUGGUCAUGAUGUAGUAAUCUUAAUAGAUGGGGUCUUUUUUUAUAGAACGCUUUGAGCAUUCAGUGACCUUGUAGCAGCGAUUUCCGCCGCUUUCCACGAGACUUUUGUUCUUAGUAAAUACGCUAACAGUGUUUCUCAGUUUUGUUAUAUUUAUAAAGAUUUUGUUCGACAACUGAAGGCUUUUCCGCCGUCCCUCUGUCAGUUUUGUGCCUGUGAAACGUCCCCGGGAUGGGGGCAUUUGAUCACCUGAAUGGACCAUAGUGUGGGGCAUUUGAACGGCAUUUUGGCCCGGGUAUGGGGGAAUUUGAACAAUAAUUUUCAAAAAAGCCAAAUGCCCGGGGGGUUGCCCGGGGGGGGGGGAGCAUGUUGAAGCUUCGAUUUGACCGAUACAUUAGUCAUGAAAGCGAGGCGUUGGAGGGUAAACAAAAAUUGCAAAUGAAGACUUUCAGUGAAUUUACAGAGUGUUUAGCACGGAUUCCACCUACUUUGUACGGACUUCUUUUUAAAUACAAUUACGUGGGAUGUCUUCUGCUUUUAAUGUUUAGUAUUGAUUUGCUGUUUGCAAUCAAAAGGGACGCGUAUAUCUUCAAGGAAACAGGAUGAUUUUGUAGGUUUCCGAAGCAUCAGAAGCUCGACAAGUGGGCGAUGGCUGGAGACAAGCGGCAAACAUGUUGGCCCAAACUUCACAUUGAAACCGAGUUCGAAAGCGAGCUCACUGCAAUUCGGUAAAACAGAAAUAUAAACAAUGCAAAUCUUGGUGGCAAGAAAAAAAGAAAUAAGCGAUGGAUAUAUGGCCUAUUUGUUAACGCAAGAGACGUGUGCCAUUGAACAAAACAGUUCAAAUCGUGAUGGAAAAAAGGAAGACAGGAAAGAAGCGGUGACUGAGGUUUCGAUGAAGUUAUGUUUAUUUGCCAGGACGUUAUUCUCUGGUCUUUAUCGAUGAUGAACAUCAAUUAGAACUAUCUUUUUCGUAUAUAAAAUGCAGGAGCGAUCGAGUGGAGUACGCUCAAAAUUUCAACUUGUUACUCGGCAGACUCGGUAAGCCGGCCACAUUUCAUUUCAACGAGUAAUUUUCCUAUUUCUUAUCUUUGGCUGUUAAGAGUUUUAACUUCAUGUUCCAUAAUAUUUUAAAAGUGAAGAAUACAUAAAUAAAUAAAGUGAUGGUCUUCUUACACGGAUCCAGACUCGCAUUUCAUGAUUCGAAACAGAAGCUUGCCCUUACCAAAUCCAACACUGUUUUGAAUGUAUUAUUAAGCUAUUUUUGAAAACUGUUUUUAACCUAUUUUGUGAAAUAGGUUUUAAAUAGGGUGAAAAGUGUAUUUUUAAUGUAUUUUUCGACUGCUUUUAAAGGUGUUUUAACCUGUUUAAAAUGCUAUUAAAAAACAAUUUUUAAAGUAUUUUAAAAUUCGUUUAAAAUAUAAAAAAAUCCCAGGACUUUUGCAAGGCUCAAAACAGGUCUAAAACAGUUUUUAAAUACCUUAUAAAUAGGAAUAAAAACAGGAUAAAAACAGUUUCAAAAACAUAUUUUAAUUUGCUCUACUAUUUUAAAACUAUUUUUAAUGGCAAUUUUAAACGUAUUUUGAAAAAAACAGGUUUAAAAUAGGUACAAAAAUAUAUUUUUAAUAUAUUUUUCGACUGAUUUUAAAGGUGUUUUAAUCUGUUUAAAACGCUAUUAAAAUGUUAUGCUUCAAAAUAUAUUUUAAUAGCUGUUUAAUCGGUCUCGAAAUUUAGUAAAAUACUCGUAUUUGCAAAUACAAUAAAAAUACUUUGAAAAUAGUAUUAAAAUAACUCAGAAGAAGAAAAGCAAUAUAGCACGCACAUAUUGUGAAAAUACAUCAAAAAUAGGAUGCAAAAAUGCAAAAACAGGAUAAAAUUGUAAGAAAAUAGCCUUAGAGUUGUCUGAAAACAGUACAAAAAUCGGUCGAAAGAGCAUAAAAACAGUACAAAAACAGGAUGGAAAUACCAUUUAAAUUCAUGAAAUAAAAUGACUACAUAACCGUCGAAAAUUACCCUGAAAAAGCAAGAUUUACCUCUGCGAAAUUUUUCCACACAGUCCUAGGCCAGGACUUCACGAGAAUUAUCUCUUAGCCGAUGACUUUACGUUGAUUUCCCUACGUAUUCUCGGGAAAUUCUUAUGGAAUUUUUCAGAAAUGGUGAAAUCAAUCUUUAGCCUGUGUACAGACCCCCUCCCCUCAAUAAACAUCGGAGGGGAGGGGGUCUGUACACAGGCUAUCAAUCUUCAGCUUCAAAAGGGGUUUGCGUUACUGACGUUACCGGUAAAUAAUAAUCUACAUACAAGUAACUUACAUUAUUUAUUAUAUUCACGGCUUUACUCAAGUAUUAUCAGAAGCUUGCAGGCUACGCCUGAACAUUAAUUAUUGGCUGAUAAAGAACAACAUAAGAAUAACACCAUUAAAUUUACGCGAGAAUGAAAGAGCGUGACAUCAAGUGACUGAGAUCAUUCAUGCAACACAGCCAGGAUGAGCAAGGAACCCUGUAAAAACUAAAAUUGCCGUACAGGCGGGAGUAUAUAAAUGUUUACUACCCUUUAUUUGUUUCUCAUAUGGCGUAUACUUAAGCGUCUUAGUAACAUGUUAUAAUACUCACAUGAGAGAAGACUCUUGGAUUAACACAUAAGACAGCGUGCUUCGAAUAGAACCUGAACCAGAACCUUUCAAAGUACAUAGCAGUCGCUGAUGAGUCAUACCCAUUUUUGAUUCGUGAUAAAAGCAACAUCUACGUGUUCAGACAAUCCGCGGAGUUGAAAUGUACUUUGGUAAGAUCGUAACAAACAGUAAAAUCAAGCGCACCCGCAAUCACAGUAACCGCCGGUUCAAUAAUUUGAAAUGAGCAAAGGACAAAGGACGGUUUGUUUAUCACGUGCAUUUGUCACAUCACCGCGGCGCGAAGUCGUGAUUUCAGUCGCGCGUGGCAUCUCAGAAAUAAUAUGCUAUGCAUGUACGGAAUAAUCUAUGAGAGAAAGAUAACCAUAUGUCGGAGUUAUUCAGAUCUGAGCUUAUAAUUGUUUCUUGAUGCAAUAUAUACGAGGUGAGAUUUUAGCUUGGAUAAUUUAUUUAUUGUGUAAUUUCAAGGGCUUAUUUUAGAUAAACCUCUGUUGACCGCGUGCAUCCGGUUCUCGGCCCGCGGGCUCGGCUGUUUGUGAAAAAUUCCCAUUAAAAUGAGAUUUUAAGAAGUUUCUUUUUAAAAAAACUUAUGGAAUGCCGUAACUGCAUUAAUUGAAUCACGGCUAAAAUCUACGAGGAGAUUUUCGCAGAGAGCUUGCAGGCAAUGAACAUUGAGGAACGGAUUGAUCUCUUAUCGGCACACUGUCACAGUCAGGUGUUGUCAGUCAAAGCUAAAAUCUAUUCCUAACUUUCUUCUCUUUUUUUAUUUAAUUUAGAUUUAAUUUUUCGCUCAGCUUCGAACUUUGUUGAGAAGAGAAUCCGGUCUACAAUAUGUGACAGCUUGUGUUGAGUCAUUUAUGAGUUCGUGAUACUAUAUGAAGGCUUAAAAAUUAACUUUGUACAAUUGUUACUUUUAUAGUCUGAGUAUCCCAAAGUACAUUACAAUAUCGCACCUCAGUAAUAAUAAGUAAUAAGUACUUUAAAGUAUUUAAAGUAAGGUCAGCAUUUGAUGUCUUUAAGCAGACUUAAAAUAGUUUAUGUAUAUCCGUUUUUAUAGUCAGAGUGUUGUGUGCCCAAACUACAAUUCAAAUAUACCUCAAAACAGUGUUUAAGUACCCUAUUUAAAAGUAUUUAAAGUGCGGUCAGUUCUUAAGGUUUUAAAACAUAUUUCAAAUAGUCUAUUUGAACUCUGUUUGUAACUUUUUGAGUGGAUGAGUCUCAAAAUACAUUUUAGAUACAACUCAAAACAGUGUUAAAGUACCCUAUUUAAAAGGAUUUAAAAUACGGUCAGCAUUUAGGCUCUUAAAACAUAUUUCAAAUAGUCUAUUUGAACUAUGUUUGUAACUUUGUGAGUGGAUGCGUCUCAAACUACAUUUUAGAUACAACUCAAAACAGUGUUAAAGUACCCUAUUUAAAAGUUUUUAAAUACAGUCAGCAUAAAAGCCGUUAAAACAGAUUUCAAAUAGUCUAUUUGAACUCUGUUUGUAACGGUGUUAGUGGUUCUAUGCCCAAAAUACAUUUUAAAUAUCCUAUUUUAAUCAUAUUUAUUAAACAAAAUACAUUGUAAAUUGAUGAGAGAGGUUUUCGUUUUCAUGAAAUACAAUUUAACUACACUCAAGAUAUAUUUCAAACAGGGGCGAAAAUUUAAAUUUCUUUGUCAAACAGGAUUAAAAUACAGUAAAAUAGUGUUCAAAUACUGAAAAUACAUUUUAAAUACUUUAAAAUCAGUUUCAAAAUACAUAUGGUUUGGUAAGGGUGUCGUGUUCAGUUCUGACACAAACAUUGCCUUAAAAGUUUAACCUAGUAAAAUGUGAGCUUUAUACCACUUUUUUACCAAGAGCUCUCCGAGAUGAUGCCGUAAAGGAGACCAGGCAAAUGGCAAGCCAUAAGAUUCACACACAAGAGCUUCUAGUUUUGAUAAAAUUAUUUUAUUUCGCAAUGACAAAGAAAUCAAAAGAUUUAGUAAAUUUGCACUGAAUUUGCUAAACUCUGCCAACGUACCUUUAACAAUUCAAUCCAAAGCGACGGAAUUAAUGUCAUCCAAAGGAAGUUGUAAAUACAGACAUACAUAGAUAUGUGUAAAAUGACACUGACAUGAAUGAAUGAGUCUCGUAAAUGAAUCUUUCACCCGCUCUCGACUUGACCUGUUUUGAGUAAUGGCGGAGGUCUCUUCAGUUGACAAGUAGGCCAUAUAUCCGUCGCUUAUUUUACUUCUGUUUUACAGAAUUGCAGUGAGCUGGCUUUCGUAUUCGGUUUCAGCGUGAAGUUUGGGCCAACAUAUUUGCCGCUUUUCUUCAGCCAUCCGCCCAGUUGUCGAGCUUCUGAGGCUUUGGCAUCCUACAAAAUCAUCUUGUUUCCUUGAAAAUAUACGCGUCCCUUUUGAUUGCAAACAGCAAAUCUGUACUAAACAUUAAAAGCAGAAGACGUUCCAUGUCAUUGUAUUUAAAAAGACGUCCAUAUAUUAGGUGGAAUCCGUGCUAAACACUCUGCAAGUUCACUGAAAGUCUUCGUUUGCAAUUUUUGUUUACCCUCCAACGCCUCGCUUUCAUGACUAGGCACCAGUUUUUUCCCGCGUGUCCGCCAUUUGUGAAUACGGUGUAUAAACUUUCUUAAACUUCAACCGUUAUUUAAUUACAUUUUGUCGCGAUGAUAUCAGACGAGUGUUCGCAUCAUUCGACAUGACAAGUUCCACUUAACCAAGAAAAGUUUUGUUCAAAGACGUAAUCCAAACAGAAAAGGGGACUAUAAAGAAUAGCUACCAGGAUCUUGGUAACAAGUUGUUGCUUGUGAUGGACUGUGUGUGACUGCGAGAUGCGGUUCGCAAGUCCAACCCACAAAAAAUGACCCUUGCUCGCCAACGAGUCCUCAGUAGCUCAGACGGUUAGAGCAUCCCAUCUAGAACACGGAGGGUCGUGGGUUCGAAUCCCAUCUGGGGCUCAGAUUUUUUCUGUGGCCUCUUAUGGUUGAUUCUUUACAUCUCCCUUUAUUCCCUUUAGAAUGAACAACAGAAGUUUAUUACGAAAAAAAAUACCUGGCAAAAUUUAUCAGUUACUCAGGGUCGGUAAGGUGGGGAGAGUUAAGUUGGGAUAGAGACUAUGAAAACUCAUUUAUGGGCAAUAUAAUGGUGCCCCUACAAAGCAAGGAAUGGGCUUGUUUAUUAUUAUUAGUUAUCAUUAUUAUCUAUAUCAUGCUUUGAGUUUAUCCCUGGCUUGAAUCUUCCAGCGUCAAAACCAGAAACUUUUAAUUUUAUAUUCAUAUUUCAAGAAAUUUUAUAUUAAUUUGUAGUCUUUAUAGGUUUCGCGAGGCCUGCGUCAGUUCUGAUCGCUGGGCCUGAGUGGAGGUUAUAAAAAUAAAGCUGUCUUUGCGGACCAAAGUCAAUAAUCGACUUGGACUGGACUUGAGGACCACUCAGUUUUCUGAGCAAAUAAGGAGAACUGUGCCUCAGUUGAAUUUUCCGCCAAAUUUCAAUGGUAACGUUAUUCGCGGAUCGUGGCCUGUUCCAGGCUCUACGAUAGUGGGGAAACGCGAAAGUGAAAGGCAAGCAAAAAGUCGGCCGUGCGGGGAAAAGUUUCUUCCAGUUUUAUUUUCGUGUUCGCGCUUUCUCGAUUCAGCGGACUCCACUCAGUCUCAAAUCCUGGAACAGGCUACAAUCUUGGAGAAAAUCAAAUGGAACAGCAAACCCCCAUCCCCCUCAAAUCAAGGAUGAAGCCGCGCGCCGGAUGAGGGCAAAAACGCGCCAUUUUCCCAUCCUUGAUUUGGGGGGGGGGGGGGGGGGGGUCUAGGUUUUCCAUUUAUUUUGUCCAAGAUUGUACGGCGGCGACUCGUGGCCUGCGAGCUUGACGCAGACAGCUUACUUGCAGGCAAACUACUUAUAAAAUUAAAUCUCGCCUAUAUCCUUUUGUUGCUCUUCAUGAACUUCCUCGCUUUUCUCUUUUAACUGAUUACAGUCGAACCUCUCCACAAGGGCCCGGACAAAAUAAAGAAGCCGUUGUGGAGAGUUGGUCGUUACUGGAGGUUUGACUGUAGUUCUCUUAUAGGGAGAACUCUGCACUCUACUAACUCUACAAACCAAACUUCAAACAGAUCAAAACCGCUAGGGAAAACUGAAAACGUUUUUGUAAGGCCGCACAAUAGUGAGAGUAGUACUCCUAGGGGAGUGGGCUAUCUUGCAGCGAAAAACUCGCGUGAGCUGUUAGCUUAAGCGUGACAAUCUUCUGAAUCUUGGACUUGGAUAUCAAACCCCCGUCACCCCGAAAUCAAGGAUGAACGCCAACACGUACCGAUUUUCUUAUCUUUGACUUGCGGGGGACGCGGGGUCUUUUAAUUUUCCAUUUGCACUCUAUCAAGAUACCAUGAAUUAAUUUAAUUCACUCGAGAGAGAACGAAAACUCCGAGAAAACUCUGAUCCACGUCACACCACGUACCGAUUGUGUGUCGAUCUUUUUUUUCCUUCUUUUAUCUUUUUCACCCAAUGCGGAGUCUGGUCCUAGGAAUUCAAAUCGUUUGAGAAAGAGGCUGUAAUCAUCACAAAGCAUCAGGAUCAUAAGUGCGGGGAGCACAAGUAUCCCAAACUCACUAAACCAGCGCAUGUUGAAAAUGAAUACCUCUUUCAAUGUUGCGUAAGGGACGGACUAUUAGAAAAUUUAUUGGGGGGGGGGGGGAGAAGUAAAAAAAAUAUUCGCGCAAGCAGGAGUGGCGCAAGGGAAAAUUAAAUGAAAAAAAUAAUAAUCAUGCACGCCAAUUAACCCUAAAAAAUAUUCAUGCUAUGGCCUAAAAGAAAAUUCAUACAAGGAAUUUGAUAACGAAAAAAAAUUCCUGCGGCUCGAAAAUUACCCCCCCCCCCACCCCCCAUAACUUUUCUGAUGGUCCGUCCCUAACGAAGCGAUUUACAGCGUUCAUACGGGAACGCUAUAAAUCGCUUCGUUACGCAACAUUGCCAGAUGUAUUAUUUUUUAACAAGCGCUUGCUUUGUGCGUUUGCCUGUGGGAGAGUUGACGACAAAAAUGACGUGAAAAAAAAUAGCCUGUUCCAAGCGUUCAGAUAGUGGAGAGCGGUGCGAAGUAAAGAAAGCGUCGAGCUCCUUUUUACUUCCCACCGCUCCCCCACUAUCUGAACGCCUGGAACAGGCUAGGAAAAAAAGACAAAUAAUAAUAAUUUCUAACAAGCAAAACAAACAGUGAAAGUACUGAUGAAAGUACUGUGGUACCUGUUACGUAAAAGAGAUUUGAUUGACAUCUCUCUUGACUGACGGCUAAAAUUUCCUAAUCAUUAAAAGUCACACAGGAAAUCAAUCCAUGAAUGGCGGAUGUACAUGUGCUGUGCUAAAAGUUGUCGUCAAUCCAUCAUUUGCAGCUUAUAAAUCGCCAAGUUAGAGAGUGGUUCCCUUCGUCGACUAGCGAGCAAAAUGCUAAGAGCAGGUCUGGUCCUUUUGAUGUUUGCGGUGUUCGGGAAAGGAAAGGGAUGCCGAACGCACACGAAAUGUGAUAACUGCAGUGAGGUAGAGCUUCGAUGCAGUGGACUGACCUCCUUUCCAACAUUAAAAGAUAUACCCAACAACACAAGAUAUCUGUGAGUACUAAUUUCAAUGAUUUAAACGCCGUUUUUUUUUGUUGCAAAUUUCAAGACACAAGACUAGAUUUUUAAGCAGAACGCGUGUAGUAAGCUUGUUAUUCUGGUCUGUGGAUGAAAUAUAAAUAUAGCAUGUAAGAGUGUGACCAUAGUCACAUGAAAUCCUCACUUAAGACACGCACGAUGUAGUUUUUUUUUCCUUUUCCUCACUGUCAAACCGUUUCACUUACUUGUAUUCCACACAGCUGCGCCGCCAAAAGUAUUCUCAAACGAAGUUUCAGUUUUAUAAAGCACAAAAGUGGAGAAAAAAAUGAAAGCUGCACACAUUCUCGUAUUGCAUUGACCUUCAUUCAUUCGUGGCGAAAACGGAGGGACUCACACAUCUCACAGUAUGACGUACAGAGUUAAACUCCAUUGUACAAAUACACCCCGUUAUUCAUUUCCAUAACAUUGAGUAAAACACAAUUGACAAAAAACCGCGAGUCCACGUUGUAGACUAAGAUGUUGUUCGAAUCACGUGGUGGAAUUUAUUUCCUCUGCGCAAGAGAGUCAAAAGUUUCUCUUAGAGUGUUUUGGUGUAAAAAAGAAUCAAUAAACUCCCGUCUGUCUUCAGAAGCUCUAACAGUAACAACACUGCAGAACCCAAAAUUCAAUGAAACGUCAAAUUAAGAUCAAUGAAAGUAGUGAAAAACAAACGGCGCGAGGAUUUCGUUCACAGGAUUAAAAGGUAGAAUUUUGCUGCAGUUCUCGAUUGGUUGUGGGGGGUGAUACUAAUCAAAACUUUAACUAUGGGCAGUUUCCACUGGACUAACUUCCGUAAGCAAACGGUUAAACAAUAUACUAUAAAAUCUCGCUCCUAGACUGGAAGAUAUAACUAUUCGCUUGUUUCGCUCCAAGGGUGAAAACGAUAUGUGUUUUAAGGCGCCCUCGUGGUAUUUCGCAAUCACCCUCAGGAAGAGUCACCGUGUUCACAAAGUACUUCCUUUUGAGGACGGAAAUCACUCACACGUAUGGCCCAGCCAGCCUUCUACACAUAAACCCGCCACAGGCGCAGACAUAGAAUACUAAACUAGUAAAUUAAGUCUAGUUCAUUAAGGCUCGACACGUAUGACACGAUGUUUUGGUAAUUUUCUUAUCUCUGGGUAAACAAUAAUCACGCAAGACGUGUCCAUGAAACAGCUAGACACAUCUUGAUAAAUUUAGAUGAAUAGACCUAUUCGGCUAACACAAUGUUGUACCCAAUUCAAACCCUUUGGGAAUAAAACGUUUUGUUUCAGGAAUUUCCAUAUCAUUUAAAUGUGAAUGCCGCAUUAUAAUGCAAAUCAAUACACAAAGAAUCUUAAUCCCAGGAGAUUUGAAUUGGGUACAACAUUCAGUUAGCCGAAUAGGUCUAUUACCCUACAAAACAACUUUUGUAAUAAAAUACAGACUUCCUUUAAGCUUCUUAGAACAGAGAUAAGGCUGAAACACGGUGUUAAUUGUAUAUGUCUUUUUUGCGGUUGGUGUUAAAGGUUAACACGGACUUAAUUUCAGUUAGAGAUAAGGUUUCCCAGGGUACCCUUAACCUUUUUUGAAAAUAUUUUUCAAUUUUUUUAUUGUUAUUAUUAUUUUUAUAUAUAUUUUUACUUAGGACAUUUAGAUACAGACGGCAAACUCAUAAUCGAUUAGCACCUGCAGAAAAUACUCUUGCCUCUGUGUGAGGUCUUUUUCAGGGAAGAUAAUUCAAUAAAAAGAGAAAAUAACAAAUGAUAUAACUUAUUUUUCUCCUUAAAAACAAGAAACCAUCUGCUCUACCACUUUCUAGACUAUAAGUGAAGACUGUUAUUUUUAUCUGAAAGGGCAUUCGGUUAAAAAAAUUCACUGAAGUUGUAUCAAACAACACAGAAAUGUCAGACUAAGGUAAAAAACAUAGAUUACGGCACUCUUUUUUUUCUUUCUAUAAGAAUAUAUUUUAUAAGGAUAUUGAGGCUCAAAUUUGCGAAAUUUUAAGAAUAUUUUAAGGAUAGACUGGAGGCUUAGGGUAUGAAAAGGGCUCAAUUUUCUGUUUGAAAAUAUGUCCAUACAGAACAAUUUUAGUUAACAGUAGUAUAGAAAAUUAUUCCUUUCACUAAACGGCAAAAACACUCUGGUACUUGAAACCUUAAUACAUUCUAAAACGGAAAUGCAAUAAGCUACGUUUUAUUAUUAAGAAUAAUUCAAGAAUAUUUUUAACCUAAAAUCGGCAGAAAAAUAAGAAUAUUCAGCCUGGGCAGGAAAAAACAACAAUCUUAUAUGAAAAGAGUGUAUAUUGAGCAAGUACCAGUCCUCAUCGAGGGCAUGUUAGUAGCGAAUAAGCACAGCCAGUAGUGGUCCUUGUCAAAGCAGCUGACGUCACGGUCUUCGCGAAACUGAAGCUCAUUCGAUUCUACAAGAAAUAGAUAAUAAAGAAUGACCCUCAAGGAAAGUUCCUUGAUUUGCUAUUCGUUCAUGUCACAGACGGAUGAUGGGGCCUAGUUUCUCCAGUCCUAGUAACUUUCUGGGCCAAGAUCAAAAUUUGAAUUCUCAUUUGUUGCCCCUAUUCAUCUCCCACAGAAGUAGUGGGGAGAAGUUGAUAAAAUAUCAAGCAAAUUUUAUCUUGUGUGAUCAUGUCCGUAAUUCUCAUGACCACUCUGUUUUACAAAGCAUUGAUAUUACAAGGAAAAAUUUGAUGCUAAUCACUCUUAGGGCUUAAAGGGCUAAAUGAAAAUCUUAAGAAUAAAAACUAUGAAGGCGGUUCCUGUCUCAUAAACGAGCCCAGUUUGUUGUGAUAACUGAUCACUUUUUAUCAUGUUAUUUGGAAAUUAUUUUAAAAAGCCUCGAUUUUGAAAUGUAAACACUCCAACAACAGCUUUCCAAGCCUGGUGAACGCCAAGAAAGGGACCCGCCUUUAAAGAUCUGGUUGGCAAGUGCGGCAGGUGUAUAAGUGUGUUAUUUUACUUAGUUUAAAUUUAUUUCAGUUUUCCUCCUGUUAAACACACAAAACUGAACUUAAAGCUGAUUUAUAACCUGCCUUUUAAUCACUCCUACUUCCGCUUGGAUACAACUGAAAUACAAAACGUGUGCGGAAAAACCUGCCAUAUCUUUAUGAGAGCGUUAAGCAUCAUUAUUGACACACAAAGGGAAUCCGGCCCUUAGUUAUUUAUCGCGCAGCAUGCUUUACAUCCGCUAUUAUUUUGCCUUCAGUUCAUUUUAAAAAUAAAGACAUUCAGCAGUAAAUUUAGAGGUAGCCUCAAGAAUUAAACACACUCAGACUCUCACGCAGAAUUGCUGAUAAUUCGUCCGUUUGUUUUUGUGUAUAUAUUUGCACGUUUAGGAGAGGCUAAAAAAAGCAUUUUAUUGUAAAGGAUACCGCAAAGGCAUAUUAACUUUGACUAGGUUUUAUAUUAAGUGCUAGGAUUAACCUUCAGACGCACUAAUAUCCUAUCGAAUAGCCUGACUGUUGCCACAAGUGGACUCCGUGAGAGCCGAAGGCGGGAGGACGUUCGCCGAGUGAGCGAAAGCGAGCGACGGAAACGGGCUUUGAGAAAGUCUACCUGAAAAGCAGGCGUCAAAAGGGAUAAGAAAGAGGGCUCCCUAUCUAGGAUUUUGUUGGGAAAAAUCUGAAUAUGGAUUUACGUUGAAUGAAUACAGUCUCUUGUCGACUAAAGAAAUUGACUAUUCAAGCAACACAUGGCAACCAUGACCAUCUAGGCCUAACCAAAACUUCGCGGGAAGACUUAAAAACAAAUUAACGUGUCAAUGAAAGGAACCGAUAUGACGCUGAUGACGAUUCCGAAUUUAUUGUUGUUCUUUUUUUUCCUUGUGGAGAGAAAAAGAGUUGGUUUCUCAAUUCGAGUAGAUCCAGAUUCAGAUAAAGAAACACAUUCUAAGGUUAAGAAAAACAAACGUAACAAAUGUUUCUCAUUUCAUCUUUUGUGGCCGCCUGUCUUUUUUUAUUAUUUCUUAUCGGAACAGUUAGAACGAACAAAAACCAACAGGCAUAUAUUUUCAACACCAAUUAUUCUACAAUCAUGCGUUACAGACAAUACUUUUGAUAAAACGAAGCUUUUAAUAAAUGCUGUGCUAAUAUCGACGUUUUGAAUGCACCGUGCUUAUUGCGAUAUAUCGUAUGACGCAUCAAGUUGUUUAAAACAUACACCUGACGUUUCAUUUACAGUGAAACCUGUAUUAAGCGGACACCCUCGGGGAAUGCUGUAGUGUCCGCUUAAUACAGGGUGUCCGCCUAAUACAGGUUUCGAUAGAUAACGUCAUAUGAGAUGUCAAAUGCCAUUCAAAUGAACAGUGGAAAUGUUAAGAAUUCUCCCAGAGACUUUGACGGUAUACGUUUACAUUAAUUUCUUUAUCAAAGUGGACCAAUUGGUCAUAGUACCAUAAACAUAGAUUGCAACUCAAAUUUGCAGAAAUCAUAUGAGUGAAACGAGCUCUAUACAAACAAAACGAAAUAGAAAACAAUACCGUACUGUGAAACUAAUCAAAAAAGUUCGUCAAGUCACGUUUUUUAAUGUAAAAAUCGAAAAAGUUUUGGGUGGCAAUUCGAGGUAAUCUUUCGCAUUUCCGGUGUCUGGCAUGUUGGAUAGUGGAAUUUGAUUACAAGUGCCCGUUUAAUACAGGUUGGUAACAAUAGAAAUGACUAUUUCAGGUACUUUUUAGGUGUCCGCGUCCGCGUAAUAGAGGUGUCCGCUUAAUAAAGGUUUCAUUUAAAGCAAAUAAGGGAAAUAAAUUUUGGGACUUCGGCUACUGUCCUCUUAAUAGAGGGUGUCCGCUUAAUACGGUGUCCGCUUAAUACAGGUUUCACUGUACUAUUAUCUGACCGAAGAACUCCAAAUUAUCCCUGGGGGAGGAAAAGAAUUUAACUCUUGGCAAUAAUAAAAAAACUGUGAAAAGUUUGAACCCAGGAGUUAUUUUCAGGACUAUAUACGUUCACCCGGACGAUCAUACUCAACCUACUUAAUUAUGAAGUAAUAAAAAAGCCGGAAUUAGCAAAUUUAAAGCGUUUUCCCGCUCUCUUUUCCUUUAUAGAAAACCGGACGAGAAACAUUUGUUGCUUUUGUCACUGUUUUUUUUUUUUUUUUUUUACACUUAGCAUUAUAGCUUUUUUCAUAGCUGCUAUUACUUUUUAACCUUCGUUCUUUUCUAUUCUAGGCAUAUAAUGCAGUCGUCGUUUUCUAAAAUCCCAGCUGGAGUACUUAGACAACGAAAGAAACUCGCAAUACUGUAUGUACUUCAUGUUUUUCGUUCCACUUCUUUUUCUAAGCUGUUGAGGACGAGAGCUGACAGAACUGGCUGAAACGUCUAGUUUCAUACUAAUGACCAAUAAUUUGUAUUCAAUUCUUAUUUUCAAGUGCGAUGGCAACGGGAGUUUAGUUUCACGAACCUUUCGUUAUGAUUUCUUUGUGAUUGAUCAAGUGCUAAUUCUUCCGUAGCGACAAUAAUACUAAAAGAGCAUUUUAAAAGCGAAUGUUAUAUGUAUUUAGCACAUAAGUACUAAUCAUUGAAGACACUCUUUUAAGUCUCCUUCAAGAGAGAGGACCACCAUCUCCAUCUGGUCAUCCGAGAUACACAAAGAUCAAGCUGUUUUCCGGGCGGGUCUGGGCGGGUCUGCGCGAUGCGGGGGCGGGGGGGGCGCGGGAUGAGGUAGUCGCUUACGAGAGUCGGGUCAUAGAAAGUUUCUGUUCGCGGUUUUCGUGCAGCUUUUCACGAUCCGCUCUCCCUAGUUGAUCUUGGUGCCUGGAACAGGCAGUGUUAGAGAGAUAGGGAGGGGUUGGGCAGCAAGAGGACUUCCUUCUGCCCUCAUCGCUUUUGUUUUUCCUCUGCUCUCUAUUUCGCGCCACUCUCCACCAUUUUAACGCCUGGAAAAAACAGGCCACAGAUCAGCACGCUAUCCGAUAAGCUCAUGGUAUACCCUUCCUUAAGAUUUGACAGACUAAAUAUUGAUUUAAUGUCUCGUAGAAUUCUUAGCAAUAAUGACAUAAAAGAGGUUGAAGAUGGUGCAUUUGAUGGCCUCGAGAACCUUUUUGAAAUGUAAGUAUUUUACUUCGUUUAAUUUAAUAAACUCUAUUCGCCCGCUUCAAAUUACAAACAUCCACACAAAAGAAAUACUUAAGAAUUUCCUUUGAAAUUUCAGUGCAGUUCCUAGGCCAUAAGCCGGGGUAAACCUUUGUAGAUGUAUGUGGUGUAAUCUAUUAUUAUUAUUUGUUGUGUGUGAUCUAAAGCUAUUUUUAUGCCUUAAUUCUUUUAAAGAAAUUUGGAUCACAACAGACUAGAAAAAUUCCCUGUUUUCAAGACCAAGUCCCACUUAAAACGAUUGUAAGUAUGUUUGCCGGUACAAGUUAUUAAACACAAAGUCUUAGAAUAAAGUUUUGUGUUUUUCAUUCAUCCAUCCAUCCAUCCAUCCAUCCAUCCAUCCAUCCAUCCAUCCAUCCAUCCAUCCAUCCAUCCAUCCAUCCAUCCAUCCAUCCAUCCAUCCAUCCAUCCAUCCAUCCAUCCAUCCAUCCAUCCAUCCAUCCAUCCAUCCAUCCAUCCAUCCAUCCAUCCAUCCAUCCAUCCAUCCAUCCAUCCAUCCAUCCAUCCAUCCAUCCAUCCAUCCAUCCAUCCAUUAAUUAAUAAUUAACUCAUCGAAAUUAAAGAAUUAUACUGCAUGACAAAACAGGAAGAGGGUAAAUUACGAUCAAAGUUUACUCGAUGACCGCCUCAUGGAUUUGAGCUUUCCAGGUCAGCGGACCACCACAGCUACUUCGUGUAUCCCUCACGAUAGUGUAUACAUGCCAGGACCACGUGCUGGAAAGUCUGAUACUUGACUCCAAUUAUUCCAAAAUGACUCCUAAAUUUGUGAAGUAGGAGUCACACUGACUCCACUCAUCAAUAAAAUUUGCAAACCCUGGUACUACACUUAAUUCCUCUUAGUUAAAGGUGAGCACAUCGAGUGACAGUAUAAAAGUCAGUUAGCUGUGCAUGUGUUUUAAUAAACCAAAUAUUGAGAUCCGUUCGGGGACCACAGAGAACUCAAAGAACUCUUAUACUACAGCAGACAGAUCUAUUUCAACUGGCGUAAUUCCUCUAAGUUAAGGACUUGACUUAUUUAGCUGCCAAAUCAAAUCGAGUGACUGUAAAAUUCAGUCACUUUUUUUUAUUUAUCUGACCUGAAAAGUAGAGCUAGAGAGUCUGAUGGUGGGAGGUGCAUCUAAAGUCGUUUGUUUUUACCGAAGUUUCGAGUUCCGAAGUUGCCAGGAAGACCUUUGAAAAAUUUCAAUUUCUGCAAAUUAACAUGGCGAUAAUCAAAGUUGAGGCAGAGUUUUCAGAGGAGUCAAACAAUGUUUCUAACCAAAGGCUAUGUCUGAUAAUCCUUUGAGGCUGGGAAAAAAAACUCAGUAGGAUCGUGGACUACAUUAAUUAAGGCCCAGGCCAAACGUCGAACUUUUCAUGAGACGAACCAAACGCGGUGAGUUAAGUUCAUGAAAAGUUCAAAGUCAGGCGCAGUUACGUUCGACUGAAUGAGUUUGGAUCGUUCAACAAGUUCUAUCCGUCUGCGCAUGCUUAAACCGGUAGAAUGUCUGAAGAUCAUCUCCGGGACAAUUGUCGAGGUUCACACGCGCAAACUAUAGACUAAUAAAUUAACUCGAAAUACAUUAUCGCAAAAAUCUGAAUAGCUCGUUCAGGAGAAAAUUUAUUAACAUUGUGUUUUAGUCUGACUCAGUAGAUUGGUUCGACGAGUCCUAAGUUGUACGUCUGACCCAACUGACGAUCUUAAUUUGUCAAUUUAGGUCGACCCAAAUUAGACUGAGUUGAAAGGUUCGACGUUUGGCCUGGGCCUAAGCUCUCGCUAACUUUUUCUAAUCUUCUUAUUAAUUUCAGAUACUUAAACAACAACAAUAUCAAAACACUGCCGAGAAAGUCACUGAAAAAUCUACCGGAGCUGAUGAACUUGUAAGUAGUUGUGUGAGAGAGUAUUAUUGGGCGCGAUCUAUUCAACCAAAAUUCAGACCGGUCCGACUGGGAAAAGUGGACCACCUCAAAAGGUGAACCAGUUUCUGCAAUGAGUUUUGGACCGAAAUUUCCGGAAAGUUUUGGGUCGAAUGGAUCGCGCCCAUUAUCUUUUUUCAGACCAAAGAAAACACAGACUGCCAAACCACGUUGUUUUAAGGGCAGUAAAAGCCACAACCUCUGGCAGCCAUGGCAUAGCCUUAAGCUAGGCUCCUUAACAACCAACGGCCGUGUUGAGGCACCCCUCAUGCUGUGCUCAUGAGCACGCCUUGUGAGGGCGAAACAGCUGUCUAUGGCUGCCACUAUCAGGGUGAUGACAGUGGGCAUCCGUAAGAUACAGCCACACCGCGGAGUUUGUAAAAAAUGCACUUUAUUUAAGAGGCUGUCCGCGUAAGAACCGAUAAGGCAAAUUUCGGUCUAUCACGGAUUGCCCUGAUUUUUUCAGCGGAAGAUGACUAUCCUAUCCCAUGAAGAAAUAUCACAUUUAUUUGGACCAACUCAAUUUUUUCUCUAUUUUACAGGAAGAUUUUCUCGGUCACCUAAAACUAGUCGGUUUGCCGUCGGAAGUAGUUCGAUUUUGGUGAAACUUUAGGGCUCUGUCAAACCUACCUUACAUAGCCGAAUAAUCUGAUUAUUUUACACACAAAAGUCUUAACUCUCAUUAAUAGUUUCAAUGUUUAAUGGUUGCAUUCUGUGGAAAGUUGGCUGAGAUAUGAUUUUUUGAAAAUGACCUUUAAUUUGCUCAGCAGGAAAAGUAAUUUGCAUAACUAGAGCUGAACGGCAAUUUCGCAAAAGUGGCACCUGACCCAGACUCAGGUCUAUGAUAAAUCAGAAGUACUAAGACCAGUCUACUUCUUAACGCAAUAAAAUUUAUGGGCACUCUUCUUUGCGUGCCGUGCAAAGUUCCGUUAAUGUUCCAAAAUUCGCCAUUUUGACAGCAAAGCUGGAAUUGUAACGGGUCCGCAUCUGAUCGACUAAUUUCCACAGCUUUAACGUUUCCAGUGAUCACUAAAUAUCAUUAGACCCUUUAAAUGUUGGACGUUUGAAAACAUGUGGAGAAAACUUAGUAAUCGCUUUUCCUUGGGUCUUUUUCUUGUCGACGAUGAACGUGACUUCGUUCUCGGUAUGCAAAUUAACAUUAGAUGGGUUGUUUCAACAAAUUGACAGGAAAUAUAAUCGUUACAUUCACAUUUCUAAGGAGAAAAAUAAUUCUCCUUUCCACAGAAAAACACAAACCAUGACUUAGAAUCCCCUUAAGGUCUGUUUUUUUUUUUUAACGAGGAAGAAGGAGCUGAAUAAUAUAUCAUGAUAGAUGUUUGCGGCUUAAAAUAAUUCAAUUACUGAGGCCUGUCACGCAUUCCUGAAGAGGGGUGGUCGAUUAGAAAACAAUAGCGUUGUGUCGAUCAAUUCGAUAAUAUUAUCAUCUUUUUCUUAAAUGAUAGUUAUUGAUAAUAAUAAAAAAUAAGAGUUCACUUGCAAGGUAAUUCCUCCUGUCAGCACACGAAAAUGUUUGGGGACUCUUUUUUGCCUCCCUUUAUAAAAAAUAGCGUUAACGUCGAAAGCUUUAUUAUGAUAUUUGCUUAUCGGGAGAAGGCAGAUCUUUGUACAUGGCACUAUGAUAAAAAAAAAAAAAUGCCCCACACUUUUUCUAUCUUAAAUUAGCGGUAAAUUUCAGUUUCAUUCAAAGAUCUUUAAAGCGUUUAUCGGUAGCUUAUCGGUAGCAGAAUGAAAAGGGAAAAAUAGUUCCUUUUUUCAGUGAAUAAACGCAAAAGGGAGUAUCUUUUCAGUUUUUGUUAGGGUAUAACAUCCGAAUUCCAACGAUGAUCUUGUUUUGGUUUCAAUCUGAUUGAAUUAUAAUGCAACAGGUGCCAGUUUCAAACUAAAUAUAAUUAUGUCACUGAAAUCGCCGAAGAGAUCAAUUGUGAAAAAUGGCUUUCUCGGCUAUUUCAUCAAGCAGUUCUUCCGCGAGAUCGUAGACAGAGUGAGGUCCCAGAAGGCGUGUGGAAGAAAAUGUGUUAGUCACAGAGUGCAUGGAUGAUAUUACCUCACACUUAGCCAGCUCUCACUUGUCUAAGUGUAGCAAGUGUAGCAAAGACAAUGAAAAUGAACUCAUUUUAGCGAGAGUACGUAUUCGAGGCUUGGUGGGUAUUCGGAACUGAAAUGACAAUCUGCCCAAGGCACAGACACUAAAUAGCCUGUGUACAGACCCCCUCCUCUCAGGAAAAAUCGGAGAAGGGGCCGCUUCUCCCAAGGGGGGGAGGGUAGUGUGUACAAAGGCGAACACUAAAAUGACAAUCUGCUUUAGGCACAGGUUUUUGCGAGCGCCAAGGUCUUGCUAGGCUCGAUUGUAAGCCGCUGUUUUGGAAAAAGAGCCCCCAACGGAAGGGGAGAGGGCGGAAAUCGAGCCUAAGGUCUUGUCAAUACCCCGGUCACACUCUGGAUGAUACUGGCAAAAUAACUUCUGUGGCAGGAAGACACGUCGUAAAUUUCCAGAUACCCAGCGAAAUAAGUCAAAGUUUUGUUCCAUCAUUCUUUUUUCUUCUUCAUGCAAACAAUUGUCUUAACGUACAGAGAUAUUUUAAUUUCUCUAUUUAACAUUUUAUCUUGCGAUGUUUUCUGAAGUUCGUUUCCAGUUUAUUUGAGCUUGCAAAGAUAGUUUUUGUUAUUUCUAUUUUUUUGACAGCCGUGUAUCUUGCCCUAAUCAAUUCUUGCCUUUAAAAUACUAUACAUACCGGUUAAUCCGUGUGUUGUGAAAGAUUGUUUUCUGAUGAUUGUUUGAAGAGCAUUAUAAUAUUAUAAAUGGGGAAAAAAGAACUUUCUACACGGAGUCAGGAUUCAACCUCGUCCCCAGGGCUUUCCCGCCCCUGUCAUUUUCUGAGAAGAAUGUCCUGGGGACGAGGCUAGGAGUGAUUGUGGUCGAGGUGUCGUUCACGUGUAUGAAAAGUAUUUCAUUCUUGCAAUAAAAAUAACUUUUUUGAACUUAAACAGUGUUUAAAACAUGUCUCUGGGUUUUGUAAAAAUUAGUGAUUCUUAAAAGUACCUUAGUGUUCAGUUCAACUUUAUAUAGCCGAUUUGCUCCUCCUGUCGCAAGAAACUUGAAAAAACUUGACGCCGAAGGGUCGAGAAGAGCACGAUUGAACAGUCUGCAACCAUGUCCACACAUUUGCCGCAGAGGUUUAUUGGACAAGAUUUCUCUGUUUUUCUUGUUUGACUGAACGUUUUCAUUAAGUCUUCAAAAAUGCCUCCAGAUUGCUGUUUUUUUUUUGUUGUUGUUUUUUUUGUAUUUAUACGCUCUUGAACAAUGUGCUUCAUCUCACCUCUCCAUUUUUAACCUACUUUACCAUCCACCCUCUCUCCCCACUGUUCCACCUCUACUUUAAUAAGCAUUUGUAUGUAAGGGGGUGAAAUUUCUCCCGUGUAUAUUAAUUUCUGAAAAAAUAGGUCCUUCUACUUUUUCCUUAAAUUCUUAAACUUAGUUCUUUUUUCUUUAAGAACCACCAAAGAUGCUGCUAAGGCUGCAAUAAGCGCACUCGCCCUUUUAUAUACUUCAUCAGGAGCCGAUUACUUGGAGCCUCCAUCUCCCAUAUAAGCCCUUGGAGUCAACCCUUUCCGACGAAAAAUUAUUUAUAGAAAUAGCUUUCGCGGAAUAUUUUUCACGCCUUCUCAGUAAUAUCCAAUCAGAGCAGAGCUAUGAUCAUACGUCACACGCUGAGUCACAGAAGCGGGAUUUGAAUUGCUGCCAACAAUGGCGGUUGUCAGCGUGGAAGAGUUAUCUGAUGAUAGUUCUGAUCUUGUAUCGGGUUAAAAAUAUAUACCCGCUUAAAGCCUAAUAACAAAAAGAAAAAGGUGAUACACUCAUGCAACGUCUUCAAGUUUACUUGUAAUCUUGAAAGUUGGCUGCAUAUCAUAAGUUCUAUCACGAACAACCCAGUCCCGGUCCUCGACAGCGGGUAAAUAAAUAUUGAAAAAUCAGGCUCUUAAGUUACUUUACUUUACUGGUUAACUCACUUGUGCAAUGCUUUGGAGCUUUUUACUAAUUCCACAAAGGACCACACUGCAUCAUCCCACAGUUAAUUUGAAGUAAAAAGUAUGUUGUUCCAACUGUGUUACAGAUCGAACACGGACUGCAUCUUUCGCUUGCUCGGCGGAUGUAAUUGUGCGAGAUCUGAGGUCGCGAAUUAUGAACGGACUUUUAUAAGCCAAAAUAAUGUGGCUGUGGAUGAAAAUGGCUUUUGAUAACAUACAAUCUCAACGGAAAAUAUUUCAAGUGAACAUAUCAAACAAAACAAACGAGAUGUUCAACAGGAAUGAAAUCGAAUUAAAAGCGAAAUUAACUGUUGUGUACCUAACAUACUGAGGGUUUCAUUCACACAAUACAACAACUGUCGAUACAGAAUUUACUGAGCUUGGUAUUUUUCUCUUGCUACUAAGAAACUAAGUGACAUGUAAACAAGGAAAAUAACAGGCAGUCAUAAAAUUAAAAAAGGAGCGAGCCCAUGGGGCUAGUCACUUCAAAAGAUUUUAAUUUUGAAUGAAAGAAAGGUUCUCAAAGGUUUCACAGCGGAAGUUAUAUGUUUCGGCAUGUCACGUCCUCCUGUAUAUUUCUUUUGCGGUUAUUUGAGGUCUACAAGUAUAUGCUGCGGCCAUGAAAUCUUGUAGCAUCUUGAGAAAUAGUGUGAUUGCCAAACAGUGUAUAAUUUCUUCCUGAGUUUGAUAAUUCUGCACUCAAAGGGUUUUUGUAGCUUUCAUGACUUGUGGCAACUAAAUAAUAACUUAUAUAGCACCAUCAAAAUGAAUAAAAAUCCGGGCAACAUAAACCGAUACCUUUCUUCACUUCGUCGUUUUGCUUCUUUAAAUGAAAUCCUUCAAAAUCAUGAGAAAACAUCUUGAUUUUCGCUGUCCCGGGUUGCGGUAGAUAAGACACAGAAGACACGACAGUUUCUACUUACAAAGGCCGCGGAAGGCGCAAAAUUGCCUCCAAUUUGCCGGUUCCAUACAGAGCUUACCGUAAUCGCUCCACUUCCCUUUUAAAAAGUCUGGCUCUCCAACAAAGAGUUUCACUUUUUAAUUCUUUGAAAAGCUCCUUUUAAAUAAGGGCGAUGGAGUACAACAUUACGAGCAAAAUUUAAACAUCCGAACAGUGCUACAACAGCAAACACGACCUCGUGCGUUGCAACAAAAUAUAGCAAUAUUUUUACAGAUUACAUAUUAUUUAUAUUAACUUGAAACCAGCUUUCCUCGGUUGUAAGGGAAGGAAUGGAGGCAGGAGCUACGGUGAUGGAACAAGGAGUAACCUUGUUGGCCAAUUUCCCUCUUUCGUCGCCAUUUUUUUCUCACAACAGAAAUAUGCGGACGUCCUCGAAAACAAUUAAUUAAAAUCAAUUUCGCGGGAAAGCCUGUUCUAAAAAUAAUUCUUUAUCGGAAAGGGUUGACUCAAGGGUGCAGCACGUAUGGAGGCUCCAAGUAAUCGGCUCCUGACUUCAUCUAGUGAAAUGCCCGCCCUUUCAUAUACCUGAAGCCUGAAAAAGAUACUCCUUUCGGGCGGAACCUCCCCGUAUAGGCCAUCAUAGGGAGUUCCCCCCACUCCCGUUCCAAUUCCGUGCUCACCUAUUGCCAGCCCAUGUUGGACUCUAGGCCCGUUUGAGUCAACACGUAAACAUAAUCCUAAGUGUAUACAAGUUGAACUUGACCAUAGAGAUCUGUUGCAAGAAGACGAGGAGUUCGAAAGGCAAAAGCUUGUUGCAGAAAUCGCUGAAGAAUUGAGACCACAACACCCUCAACCAGAAGCUUUCAACCUAUGUGUAUGUCAAAGGAAGAACAACCUAGUCAGUUCAACGUGGUAAUGCUAAAAAAAUCUUGUGUCACUUUAAAAUACCAUUCAAAUCCAGGGAAAGAAAAGGAGACCUAGUUGACAAACUUUCGUCUUUCAUACAAGAUUGCACGUGCUUUUCUCCAACAGCGCAGGAGUGAACAUAUGGAUCCUUAAUUUAGUGUGAUUAACAGCCGGCAAAACUUUUGGGAUUUAACAGGAGAAGGACCGUAAAAAAUAACUAUGCCUUUUUCUGCAUGCCAUUCCUCAUUUUUACUGGAAUGUUGUUAAUUGGCGAUAAACACAAUGCUCUGUUAAUACCACCCUAACGUUUGUAUAGCCUAUGGUUAGCAAGGGAUCUAGGAAAUGAAAGUACUUUGCAGGUGUGGUCCUAUGGUGUCGCACGGUAUUUCUGAAGUUGUUUGCGAGCUAUUUCCAAAAUAUUAAUUUUUGAUUCUGUAAUUGAAAAUAUUGUGCUAGUGCUCGUGAAUAAGAGUGGCCGUGUCCAAGUGGCUACUUUGUAGCUAAUUGUCGUGUAUUACACCAUGGGCUGUCAUAUUAAACCCUAUCCUCACAGUGGCUCCCGGGGAUACUGACUCAGUUAAAACGGUCGUAGAAUGAAUAAAUACAACAGCAGGGUAUUUCCCACCCAGUAAAGAAUCGGAAUUAACAGUGAUUAAAUUGUAUGAUUAUCAAUAACUAUCACUUCAAAAAAAAUAUAAUCAGAUAAAAGAACUGAUCGAUACACAGCCACUCUCGGGGAAUGCGUGACGGGCCAAAGUAAUUAAAUUAUUUUAAUUCGCGUAAACAUAUCUUCUUCUACUACUUCUUCCUCGUGAAACAGACCUAAGGGGAUUCUAAGUCAUAUAUCGUUCGUGUUUUUUCGUGGAAAGUUCUAAGAGAUAUUUUCCCUUAAAAAUGUGAAAUAUAAGCAGAUAUGUUUCCUGACAAUUCAAUUAAUUGAAACGACGCAUCUAAGGCUAAUUUGCAUACGGAGAAUGAAGUCGUGUUCUGAUCGUCGACCAGGAAAAAAACCAAGAAAAAGCGAUUAUCAAGUUUUCUCCUCGUGUUUUCAAACGUCCAACAUUUAAAGGGUCUAAUGACAUUUGGUGAUAACUAGAAACGUUAAAACUGUGGAAAUUAGUCGAUCAAAUGCGGACCGUUACAGUUCCAGCUUUGCUGUCAAAAUGGCGAAUUUGUAACAUUAACGGAACUUUGUACAGCGCGCAGAGAAGAGUGCCCACAAAUUUUAUUGCAUUAAGAAGUAGACUGGUCUUAGUACUUCUGAUUUAUCAGAGACUUGAGUCUGGGUCAGGUGCCACUUUCGCGAAAUUACCGUUCAGCUCUAGUUAUGCAAAUUACUUUUCCUGCUGAGCAAAUUAACGGUCAUUUAAAAAAAAUCAUAUCUCAGCCAAAUUUCCACAGAAUGCAACCAUUAAACUUUGACACUGUUAAUGAGAGUUAAAACUUUUGUGUGUAAAAUAAUCAGAUUAUUCGGCUAUGUAAGGUAGGUUUGACAGAGCCCUAAAGUUUCACCAAAAUCGCACCACUUCUGAAGGCAAACGGGCCAGUUUUAGGUGACCGAGAAAAUCUUCCUGUAAUAUAGAGAAAAAAUUGAGUUGGUCCAAAUAAAUGUGAUAUUUCUUCAUGGGAUAGGAUAGUUAUCUUCCACUGAAAAAAUCAGGGCAAUCCGUGAUAGACCGAAAUUUGCCUUAUCGGUUCUUACGCGGACAGCCUCUUAAGUGUUUAUAUAUUUAGCUCGAAACUAAUUGAGGGCGCUAUUUUACAUCCCCUACUAGAGACGACGGGAUAGCCGCAACACGUGGUCAUCCCGUGUCAUACGAAAUUCUAGCCAUUUUACAGGGCAAAGUAGCCUGAGAAAACAGCGGAGUCCAACAAUGGUUUCGACGAAAUGACGUCUGAGACACUACCCAGAUCUGGGUAGUGCUUCUGAUUGGUUGAAGCAAAUUUCCAACCAGGCAGCAUCACCACGCAGAUCUGGGUAGAGACGCGUCGUCAGUAUUGAAUUUCUGCUCUGGUUUCUCAGAAGUCAUUUCGCGGGGAAACCAGUGAUGGCGUUCUGAAGUGCCGGCUGUUUUCACAGCCUACAGGGCAAAGGUAAUACCUUCGUUUCUCAGUUAUUUUGAAGACCUUAAGUACUGCUGCGGCCCUGGGGAUGGAACCCGCGACCAUCCGCUCAAACUACAAGCGCUUUACCGCGGACUGAGCUAGUCCUGCCACGGUACUGGGUAGCGUAUACUUCUUAUAGCUUUGGUAUUGUAUCUCUUACAGUCUGUCUGACAGGGUCGAAAUAAGUAAUGCCAAUGAAUGACUAUAAGUUAAUCGAAGCAACAAUACUACUUACUGGUCAUAAAAAAAAACAACAACAACAACCUCUGACUCUUUUCACUCUAUAGGAAAUUAGAUAACACAGAGAUCACGGAAAUACCAGCCUAUAUGUUUAGCAAUAACAAGAAGCUAUUAUCUUUGUAAGUACUCAGCAUUUUGUUUCUUCUUUUUCUUCUUCUUGUAACAAGAGAAAAUAAUGAACAGAGACAGAUUCUUAGGUGUUGGCCGGGAUAUGAGAAUUUCACUUAAGUUAUUAUUAGAGGUUGUAAUAAAAGGGAAGUAUUAUUCCUGGGACGUCCGCUCAUUUUAAUCCAUUGCUUGAAACGUCAUCAAGUCCAGCGUGACUGCUUAAAACCAAACAAUGCAGUCCUGAAUAUUGUAAUGGUGACACACCUAUAUUCUCUCUAGACAGAACUGAAUAAAAGUUUGUGGACCUCUCCAGCUCCGAAAACUAACUUCUGAUUAAUUUUAAACGUUUAGUUGGUCUAAAAAUAACUUUGGGGAAAGGAAAAAAAAGAUGCACUUUAUUGUGUCAAUGUAUUUAGCACGAAAGUACUAAUUAGGGACACUAUAUUAACGUCUGCUAUCCGAGACGGGACCGCCAUUUUACGUUUACGUGGUCAUCCGAGCCACGCGAAGGUCUAGCUAUUUGCCGGGCAAAGGGAGUACCUUCACUUCUCAGUCAGAAUCGAACCCGCGACCUCCCGCUCUACAGUCAAGAGCUCUACCGACUUAGCUAAUCCUGUCGCGGAAUAAGUCACAUAUCGUAAGGGCUAGACCGGGAGUUUCCCUCUAUCCCAUUUCUCUCUCUUGCUUGUAAUUAGCACUAGCCUCUUACUGUUAUUUACACUGUAACCUAUGUGGUGAGCAUGAGAUAGAUCUAGCGUCACACGGAACCACCUUAAAUAACCGUUCGAAAAUUCAGACCCCUAGCCGUGCAAAGAUUCUUGUGAACAGAGCAAAAAUACUGAACGAAGUGUCCUGUCAAAUUUUUCCACCCGGUCGAAAAUUCGUCCGGUGCCGUGUUAACGCGUAACCUAUGUAAUUAUCACAUUGAAGUCAGCUUUUUAUUAAUUUUAUUAACUGAGAUAUACCCUAAACUAAUAAAUCACUCUUUAAGAGUAUUACCGACGACCUUUCAUAAAAAUUCUAAUUGGUGAAGUUUGCUUGUUUAGGAGUCUCCAGUAUUCUUCGCUCUCGAAAAUCGACGAAAACGCAUUCACGGAUUCAAACUUGCAAACACUGUAAGUAUAUGAAUACUUUAAACAUAAAAACACAGCUGAGAAUUUGAAAGGCAAGGGUCAUUAGACGUCAUUUAUAAAUGCAGCACAUUGGAGCUCUUUUCUGGGCAGGCUGUGUCAACCCUUGAUACUGUCGUUCUAUUUGCCACAGACCAAUAUUGGUUUUCAAGGCUGAAGUAGAUCAUAGCUGGCAGCGUACUUUGGCGCCUUUAAGAAAGAAGUGUUUCCAUGGUCACAAAAUGGGGCGUAAACAAAUGUGUAAUUAAAGCAGCGCAGUUUUAAUGUUGUACCCAGAUCUUUCUAGGUCAGUUGAGAGACAGGUAUGAAAGUGGGAUCUAAGCACGAAAUAAAUAACAAAACUAAUAACAACGACGACGACGAAGACAAAACCUCAGGGGCGGAUCCAGGGGGAGGGUGCAGGGGGUGCGCACCCCCCCCCUGGGAUGACCUGCGGCCGCUUUCUACUUAACACUGUGCAGUCGCUUGACAGACAUACAAAAUCUGCUCUAUCGUUUGAUAUGUAUUCUCAGCAGUUCACAUUAUGUUAUUUCCUAGUCAAAAGCCCUCUUCUUCAUAUUCGCUUUUAAAAUUUUUUACGUCAUCAGUCAGUUAGUGGUGCACCCCCUCCUAAGAAAAAUCCUGGAUCCGCCCCUGAACCUAGUGAUGAAGUUUACAAGAGCACGUCUGGAAAAGAUUAAUUUUGCGGCAUUUAAGGCUGACCAUUUUGCAAGAUCUUUUAAUCCUAUUAUAUCUCCCUCUCUUUCGCCAGAAUCUUAAAGGGAACAAAGAUCACCUCGUUGUCUGCUACUGGGCUUGAUAAUUUGAGAGUUCUUAACCUGGAAGAAAUUGAGAACUUUUGGUCCAUACCAUCAGGACUGAAAAGCAUCCGUGAAGUGUACGUCAACGAGUAUAACUCAUUUUUAUGCUGUUCCUUUUUUCUGGGGACAUACCAACGUGACAUCGGAAGGCAGGUAAAGGGUGUAGCGAGUUUAAGUUCAACUGAUAGUCCGUCGACAAUUCCAAGCACAUCUUCUACUGCAAAUAUUCACACCUCAAGUCCAAAUGGCAAUAAAACAACCCCCUCAAAGAGAACCACAACUAAAUCACCAUGGGAAUUGGGUAAGAGAAGGCGCCGAGAUUUCCGGGGAUUUGUUACAGAUGCACCAACAGUGAAUGGCAGCUCUGGUGGAGUUAAUGCCAACUCUACUGCAAACUCUACAUCACCUCCAAAGUUAACUACUCCCACAUCUAAUGGUGGAUUCAUUCCAGGUGGCGGCGGCUUUUUACCCGGUCCGAAGACUCCCUCGGGGAUCACCACCUCAGGGUCCAAUGGUGAAUCUUUCCCGGGGGGUGGAUUUGCAACUGGAAAAGUUAACCUUCCACGUACCAUCACCCACGAAAAUACACCAAACACAAGUGCCCCUAUAGUUACUGCACCACCCCCAGGUGAUGUCAUUUGUUUACCAAAAAGAGACGCUUACCAUCCCUGUGAAGAUAUUAUGGGCGCAAAAUGGCUAACUGCAGUUUCACUAAUUGUAGGAACCGUUGCUCUUGUGGCAAAUCUAGUUGUAGUUAUUGUCAUGUUGACAAGCGAUCGUCGGCUAAACGUACACCGCUUCCUGAUGAGUAAUCUGGCGUUUGCAGACUUCUGUCUUGGUUUGUAUAUAUUCAUACUGGUUUGCGUAUCUUUGGACACUUCCGGAGAAUUCUACAACCAUGUCAAAGCUUGGCAGUACGGUGCAGGAUGUAAAAUCACGGGUUUCCUUGCUGUGUUUUCUACAGAGCUGUCCGUUUAUACACUAACAGUCAUUACAGUGGAAAGAUUUUUUGCCAUAGUUUACGCUAUGGAGGUCAACUACCGGCUCUCGCUACGUAAAGCCGUGAAAAUUAUGAUCUCUGGCUGGUUGUUCGCCUUCCUCAUGGCUAUCAUCCCCCUUGCCGGGGUCAACAGUUACCAAAGUGUCGCUAUUUGCUUACCGUUCAACUCCGACACCAAGAGUGCCCUGGCGUUCGUAGGCAUCGCCUUAGUGCUAAAUCUUGGGGCAUUUUUGGUUAUCGGGGGCUUGUACACCAAAAUGUUUCAAGUUGUUGUGGGUCCUGGUCCUGUUGAUGGGGGCCCUCAAAGAAACGACGCAAAAGUUGCUAAACGAAUGGCAUUGCUGGUGUUCACUGAUUUUAUCUGCUGGACACCUAUCGCUUUCUUUGGCCUUGUGGCUGCUCUUGGGACGCCACUUAUCGGGGUAAAGGAAUCCAAGUUUCUGCUGGUGUUUUUCUUUCCACUGAACAGCCUCUGCAAUCCUUUUCUUUACGCGUUCUUCACUAGAGCGUUCAAACGCGAAUUCUUCUCGCUUCUUAGUCGAUUCGGGUUCUGCAAGACACGAGCACUGCGUUACAAGGGCACACUGUCGUCCCUGAUCUACUCUCGGUCACGUACGAAGCGAUCUACGAUAGCCGAAGAUGACACGAGGUCAAAACGGAUUUCGCAAAUUUCCGCUACCUCUGCAAACACAGAUUUGCGACCUUCGACAAACGAGUCCCCGAAAGGCGAAGUCUGUGAGAACGGAAAUUGUCUUGGUACAGUACAUGAGUGUAUUCCUAUGAAGGGUGUGGGUAAUCCGGGGUUUGGUGAUGAUUCACCUGUAAGUCCCGCAUCUGAUAACGUGUUUUUCGACCCAGCAACCAAGGCAGAGUCUACAUCUCCAAAUGCUUCAAUAAAGGGAUUAUGUGAACAAACCGACGCCGAAGAUAAAACCGAUAAGGGUGACUCACAGCCGAUUACACGGGCUGAAAGUUUCGGCAGUUUUCAUGCAGUCGAGGGAAAGCUUGGUGAGAAACGGUCUAAAAAACAAUCUGUAUCUUUUCGAGACCAGCCCUAUCAUACAGGAAACAAUUGAGACGGCAUAAUAUUCCAAGACUGGCAAAAUAUAACAAGUUAUAGCCUUCCUCCAGACCAUGACCUUACAAAGCCCAUUUUUGAUCCUUCAGUUAUUUGAUAAAAGAACUUAAGGUGGUAAAAAACAAACAGAAGGGAAAGUCUCGUCACAUAUUUACGCAUUAAGAUAUAAUGGCGAAUUAUACCACAAGGACAAACUAACUGCUAUUCUCCUAAGUCCUCCUAGUAUCUACAUGCUUAUACUCGGGCCUUCACGGUUUAAACCUGCACCGUGGUGACGUUGAUUUUUGCCACGUGACCCGGUAUCCUCACUUAAUGAAGUGGGCCUAGUUACGUAAAACCUUACGCCCCCACCCCCCUCGCCUCCCUCCGCAGAGUAUUUCCCUCAGCCCUGACCUGUGUGUCGAAUUUUUAAUAUAAAAACGGCAGUUUUAAGUUGAGAAUUUCUCAACAUAGAAAAUGAGCAGAUAAAAAUAGCUCAAAAAAAUUCUUAUGGAUAAAAAAUUUUAAAAAAUGAACAGUAAAAGACAAGUAAAGGAGAAACUUAGUUACGUGGUACAAAUUCGCGUUUGCUGUUUGACAUAAACGUGAAGCUUACACUCUCAAGCGAAAAAGUCAUCCAACACAUGAGCAUUUACAUCUAACGUUAGGUUUUAUGCAUCUUUCUCUUGGCCCCAGUUGCUCAAAAGGAGGAUAACGCUAUCCUCCGGAUAGAUCACAGUCCACUGGAUAACAUAACGUAAUUGGUUUCCUCGAUCAACACUUAUCCGCUGGAUAGUUAUUUAUCCGGCGGAUAUCGCUAUCCAACUUUCGAACACCAGGGCCUAGAUCUAUUAUGUAUUUAAGGAAUAAACACUUGCGCACGCAUAUGCAUGUCGCGCCUUUUUUAGCUUAGCACGUGCUCUCUUAGCCUGUACACAGACGUUGUUUGAUUUUUCUUUUAGUUCUUUUCGUAAACAUCGGCGAGCUCGGAGCAUCGAUUUUCUUUUUCCCCACCCCUAUCCCCUCACUGGCGGUCAAUAAAUCCCCGCGGUUUUUACAUUUUAUCACGCGCGCCCUACGGACUUUGAAGAGAAAGUAGAGGGGCUGUGGCAUGUGAACAGGCUAGUGCUCUCUUAAUUGUCCGUCUAACUAUUCCUGGGAAGAAAAAGUGAAUAAAAAUUAACAGACUUGUCGAAGAAAAGACCAUUGCCACGCAUUGAAGUUAAUUUUCUGGACCAUGAAAGAAUAGCUCAUUGAGAUCGCUUUAUCGUCAGCAUAAAGAAUAUUUACCACUAACAGUAAUCGGGUGUUAUUGAGGUGUUAUUGGUUCCGUUUAUAAAUUUUUAGAAUUGAGUUGGAAAGCCUGCAAACCUUGCGAUUCGCUGAGCGAGGGAAGAUGGUUCCAGUAGUCAGGCCACGUUCUUUUACAUCAAGAGCCAAGUAUCAACCGUAUCUUCAAUGCUUUUACAGUCCCAUACAUUUUUUAACAAAUUUAACACCAGAGUAACGUAUUAACCAACGAAAUAAAAUACAGUACUAGACAAUGCAAUAUAUAUUUUCAUUCC